AUCGGCUGACUGGUCGCCCCCCCUCCCUCUCCUUCUCUUACUCGCUUGCGCACGCGUUCCCCUGAUCCACAUCCUCUUUGUGUGCGCUCUCUCGUCAUCGCAUAAACUUGUACGUGUAUGUAUGUGUUUAGUUGUGCCUGCGUCUAGCUGCAGGACUACUGUCACUUUGCCACUCUGCAUACAGUUAAAGUCGAACGAUGUGCGCGAGUCUUUAGCCCUUGACAGUUCACAAACAUAAAUCAGCGACGUAAACACAGUGGAAAUUGCAUCAAAUAUCCGCAUUCUCGUCCGACCCAGGCGAAAACUGCUAGUUCCAGUUGACAACAAAGAUAAAGCCAAGUUUAUCCGAGGAGAUUGGGUGCGUGUUGCGGUGGCGAUCAGCUGUCGGUGAGAAGGAGAGCAAAAGAAAGGGCGAGCGCCGACGAGAGCAAGUGUAAUGGCGGAGUCGAGCAGCGAGGCCGCCUCGUCGAGCGGCAGCGUCGCCGCAGAGUCGACGACGAUGACGAUGUCGGGUGGGCCGUCGACUGCAGAGGUGGAUAAGUCCGAGGAGUUUUUGGAGCCGGAGCGCAAGCGACGCAAGCAGUCGAGCGUGCAAGCCUCCGCUCAGGCCAACCAAGAUGGUCAGCCGCUGGGCCUACCACACAAGCCCGAGCAGAAGCUGGAGCAUCGACUCGGGGGUAUACUCUGCUGUGUCGUUUGCUUCGACUUGCCUCGCUCCGCUGUCUAUCAGUGUGCCAACGGUCAUUUAAUGUGCGCCGGCUGCUUCACUCACGUCCUGGCCGAUGCCAGGCUGCGAGAUGAGCAGGCGACCUGCCCCAACUGCAGAAUCGAAAUCAGCAAGACUUCUGCUUCUCGAAAUCUCGCUGUCGAGAAAGCAGUCUCCGAGUUACCUGCCGAAUGCCAAUACUGCGCAAAAGAGUUUGCUCGAAACUCAUUGGAACGCCACGAAGAGGUCAUGUGCGAGGAAAGAAUAUCCAGUUGCAAGUACAGCAGAAUUGGAUGCCCGUGGCGAGGACCCAAUCAUGAACGGCCAGAACACGAAACUCAGUGCGUUCAUCCUAAUCGCUCAGGAGCUGAUGUCAUGGAGGCUUUGCACGACAUGGAUACAAAAAAUUCAGAGGAACGCAAACUUUAUGAUAGUAUCUUUGAUCUUCUCUCAUUUGAAAAAAUCACUUUCAAUGAUCUCCAGUUGAAGCCAUAUCGUACCGAUGAAUUUGUGCACAAAUUAUUUUACGAAACCUCUCGUUUCUCAGCAUUUAAUAUGCAAUGGGUUGUUACCGCAAGAAUAAAUAACAGCCAACGAGAUCCUACACAAAGCUCCGAGCGUGAUAUGACUUAUCAGUUGAUACUCAAGACAAAAACUACUUGUCCCCUACCUCUCCAUUAUCUUAUUCUAAAAGGACCCUUCGGUGACAUGAAAAUCAAUCCCAGAAUCCAUAAAUUCGACUUCACAGACCAAGAAAAUGAGAGUCCCUACUUACCAUUACCCUUACCAGACACAGCUGAGUGCAAUAGAUUACUUGCUGCAAAAUCUAUCAAUUUUCGGAUAAUCAUGUUUUUAGCUCCCAAGUAACGAGUUCAACAAUGUAUAAUAAAUCAUUUAAGAUCGCAAUAGCUUUAAAGAAACCUUUGAUGAGUAAAUUGCUUUACCUUUAAUGACGUUAAUGUUUGCUAAUAUAAAUAAUUGAAUUAUUAUUUACAUAUUGUCAGUAAUAGUCAGAUUAGUCUGUAACUUCUCAAAAAUACAUUUUAGUCGCGUUCUACAUUUUUCAUUGCUAAUGCUGAGAAUUUUGUGCACCGUGCUGUUAAUCAAUUAUCAAAAACACGACUAUUUUAAAGUAGGUUUUCAAUAUUAUCCAAUGAAUUUAUUGGAAAAAUGUGUAUUGGACUACAGCGGAAUUGUUUUAAUAGAUUGCAAUUAAAAGUUUUAUAAUUAAGCAUUAUAAGAAGUUAUGAUUUUAUUAAAAAUAUUGUUUUUUAUGUAAUUUUAAACUCAACUAGUAAUAUAAAUGGCUUAUUUCCACGAAAUAUUUUAAGACUAAUUUUUAUGCUUCUGUCCAUGUAAAUAAAUUGAAUACUUGUUUU